AUGACAUCGUCGAGAUACGCCAAUUAUUACACAAAUAUACCACAACCUCCAGAAGAAGACAGAUUGCUUUCAGCCUUACAUCACGCCGUCUCGGGAUCCGCCGGCACGCUCAUCUCAACAUGUACUCUGUAUCCUCUCUCCCUAGCGAUUACCCGCCUCCAAGCACGGCGACCAGUUCGUCGGGAGGCUCGACUCGACAGUACCGGCAGCACCAGCAGCAACGCCGGAGACACCACCACCACUCCCACCGAUCCGACCGGGCCCGAGGCAGUAGCAGCGGCAGCGGCGGCAGCUCCGGGUCCAGGAGUCGCCGAAGCCUUUUCUCGGAUCUGGAGGUCCGGUGGCGCGCCGAGAGCACCUUGGACUGGCCUAGCUCGGGACACAGCCAGAUCUGCCUUGGACUCUUUCCUCUUCUUUCUCUUCUAUGACUGGUUCCGGAGCCUCGGGCUCGGGCUCGGGACCGGGGCCCACGGUCACGGCCACGGCCGGGGUCGGAGGGGAAGAGCGGAUAUGUCGGUGCCGGGGCUAAGCGUCCUCGAAGAACUGGCUAUCGGUGUCGCGGCUAGUGCCUGCUCGAAGCUUUUCGCCACACCGAUCGCCAACGUGCUCGCGCGCAAGCAGACGGCCCCGCUUCCCAACGACGGCGAUGCCAGCAUCCGCGACGCCGUCGACGCUGUCCGGAAAGAGCAGGGUCUCGCGGGGUUCUGGUCCGGCUACCCGGCUACCCUGGUGCUCACGCUCAACCCGAGCAUCACAUUUUGCCUGCAGGAGCUCCUCAAGAGAAAGACCGUCCCGGCCGACAGGUGGGAUAACCCGGGCGCCGGUGCGACGUUCCUGCUCGCGGCCGUCAGCAAGGCCGUCGCUACGGCUAUCACGUACCCCCUCGAGACCGCCGCCGCUAGCAUCCGGCUGCAGACCGACGACGGCCCGACGGCUCCUCCGAACAACCCGCGCAGCGGAUCGGCGCAGCCCAGGACCGACGAAGCGGCAGCGGUCGAAGAACUCCCCAAAUUAGAUACGCAGGUGCAGACGCAGACGCACGGCCGGGCCCCCUUCAACGACGAACCCAUAUCCCCCAAGACGGAAGCCCCUCCUUCUCCUUCUCCUCCUGCUCCUCCUCUCCGCAAAGUGUCCUUCACGGAGAACCUCGCGCCGCCAGAACGCUUCCCCGGGCGCGAAAGCAGCGGCGGGUAUAAAUCGGACUUAACACGGACUCUCGCAAGCCUCGGCAGCAGCAGCAGCAGCAGCGUGUUCGGCGCCGCGGUGCGGAUCGCGCGCGCGGAGGGCGUCGGGGCUCUGUACAAGGGGAUACUAGGCGAGCUAGCCAGGGGUAUUCUGGGCCACGGGACGGCGAUGCUGGCGAAGGAUCUCGUGCACAGGGCGCUGUUUAGACUGUACUUUGCUGUUGCGGGGGCGGCGGCGGAGAUGCGGGCGCGGGGGGAUAGGAUGGGAGGAGGAGCAGGCGGUGUUGAGGCUACGGGCGUUAGGAAUAGGAGUGGGAGCAUGUCGGGAGCGAGGGUUGAAGGUCCGCUGGAGGAAAUGGAGGGUAUGGUUGGGGCUCCUCCGGUUCAAGGCCGGGCUGGUACACCGCCUCUCUCGGUGCGAACUGCUUCUCCGCCGCCGCCAGAACCGCAGCACCAGCUGCACUCGCUACGGCACCGGCACGACAACAACUACGAUCGGUACCGCUACGAGCGACUACCCUCUCCUCCUCCUCCUCCUCGUCCGUCUCCGUCUCCGUCUCCGUCUACGUCUACGUCGUACCCCGCCGCAGGCUACGGCCGACGACCGUUCCCGGCUAAUGGCAGGGACGCGGAUGACGACGAGGGAGGAAGCGUAGUAGCGAAUAUGAUUGACAAUUCGCAGAGGGGGGUCAAGCCAUAUUAA